UGAGCACUCUUCUUCUCAAAUCUCACCUUCUCUCACAUGAAACUAUUGUUUGGGGACCAAGAGUGCACCAAUUUUGCAAAUAUGGAGGACUAUUAGUGUUAUAUCAUGGAAGUCGAAGUCGAUCCGUUAAAGGAUAGUUUUAACAAGAAAAAGGUGUUAAUAACUUCUAGAAAAAGUUUGUCUAAGCAAAGUAACCUCUUUUUUUUUAUAAAAAAAGUUCUGAAUGGGAAAACUCAUCUUUAGUCAAAAUGUCAAUAGCCCAAUUGGUAGUUACUGUGAAAUUAAAUUAGGUCUUAGACCUAACUCACACUCCAAAAGAUAGCUCAAAGGAAGAAGGAUUGCCCAAACCUUAUAAGGAGUCCACCCAUCUCAUUAACUACCGAUGUGAGACUUUUAUCAUUCUUUAACAGUUAUACAUUUUAAUUGAAAAGAAGAUUGGGACAACCAUUACUAGGAAAGAAUAUCAAAAGGAGUGCUUUUGACUAAACAAUUCAACAAUCAUCCACUGCAGGACCAAACUACACUAUAUAUAAUAGUAGUACACAGAAGCAAAAAAAUCAAACUCCACUUUCCUAUGUGUACAUCACUAGUUCAUAGUUCCUUUCUCCCAACACAUUUGCAACAAUGAAAAUAUUUUUUGUUAUUUUUGCUACACUUGCUUGUCUUUCAUGGCAUAGUAUGCAGAGCGAUUUGGAGACGUACAUAGUUCAAGUUGAAUCUCCAGAAAGCCAAAUUUCUACUCAAUCGUCAAGAGUGGAUUUGGAGAGCUGGUACAAGUCUUUCUUGCCAAAGACCAUAGCUACCGCUGGCUCAGAUGAAAAGUCAUGGUUGAUAUAUUCAUAUCGGAAUGUGAUGAAAGGCUUUGCAGCAAGAUUAUCAGCUGAGCAGGUGAAGGAAAUGGAGAAGAAAUCAGGAUUUAUAUCUGCGUGGCCUCAGAGGAUAUUGUCUUUGCAUACUACACAUACUCCGAGUUUUCUUGGAUUGCAACAGAACGUUGGCUUGUGGAGGGAUUCCAACUAUGGUAAAGGCGUGAUCAUUGGUGUUUUAGACACCAGGAUUUCACCUGACCAUCCUUCAUUUAGCGAUGAAGGAAUGGCUCCUCCGCCUGCUAAAUGGAAGGGUAAGUGUGAAUCGAACUUCACAACAAAGUGCAACAACAAGCUCAUUGGUGCGAGGACAUUCCCAAUAAGCAGUGAUUCACCAAUUGAUGAGGAUGGACAUGGUACACAUACGGCCAGCACAUCUGCAGGAAGUUUUGUGAAAGGUGCAAAUGUGUAUGGGAACGCUGAAGGCACCGCGGUUGGGAUUGCCCCUCUUGCUCACCUGGCCAUUUAUAAGGUCUGCGAUUCAUCUGGUUGCGCAGACAGUGACAUUCUAGCUGCCAUGGAUGCAACUAUUGAUGAUGGAGUAGAUAUCCUGUCCCUUUCCCUUGGUGGUAGCAGCAUCCCAUUCUAUAAUGAUCCGACUGCACUCGGUGCCUAUAGUGCAGCACAAAGAGGUAUUCUUGUAAGUUGCUCUGCCAGUAAUAGUGGUCCAUAUGAUAGCACCUUAUCAAAUGAAGCUCCAUGGAUUCUGACAGUAGGUGCAAGCACUAUUGACAGGAAACUCAAGGCCACUGUUAAGCUCGGAAACCAACAAUUAUUCGAGGGCGAAACAACUUUUAGUCCAAAGGAUCACAAUUCAACAUUUUCACCUUUGUUUGAUCCUUCACUGAAUGCAACUGACUUUGAAAGACCUUAUUGUGGACCAGAUACUCUGAGUGACCCUGAAAUUAAAGGCAAAAUUGUUGUGUGCAAGGCAGGUGGUGGUAUUCCCAGGAUAGUAAAAGGAAAAACUGUAAAAGAUGCCGGAGGUGUUGGCAUGAUUAUCAUUAGUACCGCUGAUGAUGGUUUCACUAUACCUGCCGAUGCUCACGUCCUUCCGGCUCUGUAUAUUACCUACAAAGAUGGAAUGGAAAUUCUUGACUACAUGAACUCAACGUCAAAACCAAUUGCAAGAAUCGCAUUUCAAGGAACAAUAAUUGGGGAUAAACAUGCUCCGGUUGUUACUGCAUUUUCUUCUAGGGGACCAAGUAUAGCUAGUCCUGGAAUCUUGAAGCCUGAUAUAAUUGGUCCCGGUCUUAACAUUCUUGCUGCUUGGCCUACCUCCAUUGACAACAAAACAAACACAAAGUCUACCUUCAACAUUAUAUCGAGCACUUCCAUGUCUUGUCCACACCUCAGUGGAGUAGCAGCAUUGCUGAAAAGCACACACCCGGCUUGGUCCCCUGCAGCUAUCAAAUCAGCAAUCAUGACAACCGCUAACACGGUGAACCUUGCCAAUGAUCCCAUCUUAGAUGAGAGGCUCCUCCCAGCUAACAUCUUCGCGAUCGGUGCAGGACAUGUCAAUCCAUCGAGAGCUAAUGAUCCAGGACUAAUCUACGACACCGAAUUUAAGGACUACCUGCCUUACCUCUGCGGUUUGAAUUACACAAAUCGACAGGUUGGAAAUCUCCUGCAACGCAAAGUGGAAUGUAAGGAAGUGAAAAGCAUUCCUGAAGCACAAUUAAAUUAUCCUUCAUUCUCCAUCGCACUCGGAGAAAUUUCUCAGACUUGUACGAGAACAGUGACUAACGUCGGGGAAGCUAAAUCAUCUUACAGUGUGGAAAUAGCUUCCCCACCCGGAGUCUCUGUGAUUGUUAAUCCCUCUACUCUGGAAUUCUCCCAGUUGGACCAGAAGUUGAAAUACCAAGUGACAUUUACGAAAAGAGAUAAUAGCCCAAACAGUGGCAUUGCUCAAGGAUUCAUGAAAUGGAGUAGUAAGAAGUACUCAGUAAGAAGCCCAAUUGCAGUUGUGCUACAGCCUACAAUUGGUUUCUAGUUUUAUUUUCUUCUCAUUUUAGUAAUUGGAACAAUGUAUAACAAGCCUAUGUUAGUGGUUCCAAAAGGCCCAACAUCCGAAACAAUGAAUUGAGAUGUGUUUUGCUCUAAUACCAUGUUAAAGCAGACCAUAAAAAGAGAACAUGUCAUUUUUUCGGGGAAUCAUUUUCGUUUAAAUUUUCUUUUCUCUUCUCUCUAUUAGUUUGUUUCCCAACUUGUGUCCAGUCACUUCCAUACUCAAAGUCCGAACCCGAAACCUAUAGUUAUGAAUAAAGGAGUACUUCUCACUCCACCACGACCUUCAUUGGUUGUUCUCUUGUCUCUUUCAUUUCAUCUCUUUGUUUCCUGUGCUCAUCUUUCUGAGUAAUUGUUCUAUAAACAGAGUCCUUUUGUUGGAUGAAUUCUUAAUGUUAAAAGGUGAAUUAUUUACACAA